ACUGUCUGCUGAGACAGAAAACAUGGAAUGGUUUCUGGACACGGCGGAUAAACGGUUUAAAGAUACGUGCAGAGAGCAUUAGAUCGGGUCUGAAAGAGGUGGUUAUCACUGGCAUAAUGAAUAGGCUGGUUGCAGGCCAUUUUGGGUCUUACUGUGAAAAUUGCCUGAGGUCAGCAUCCAGAGGACUUAUACCCAAAAGGAAAUGUAAGGUGGACUCCCACGCAAAAUGGUCAUAUCUGCCAAACUUUGGGACAAGAAGCAGAAGCCUUCAUGCUGACCGAAAUGUAUCCUCGCUGGCCCUUGUCAGAUGUAGGUCAUUCCAAGGGGCAUUACUCAGUCCCUACCCUCGGAUCAGUCCACUCAGAUCCAGCCUUCUGUUGUAUGUAUAUCCUGGGCGAAUUCAUGUCAGGGAAUUGGGGUCUGUGGGUCGACUAAUUGGAGGACUAGGGAGGUUCCUACGUCUUCGCUAUUUGAUCCUCACGUCAGCUGUGGGUGGUGGAGUCACGCUGUCCAGGACAAUUGACUCAUGGAAGCAGUAUAUUCCUGACUUGGGCUGGAUGAAGGAAUACUUACCAGAGUCUGAGACACUGGAGAGAUAUGAGGAGAGGUGGAGGCAGCUGAGGGGCAGAGUGCGAGAGGCCCUACCUGAAAAGGGAUGGUUGAAGGAAAAGCUCCCUGCUUUGCGGCAGUCAAUGGCUGAUUACUUAGAGGAGGUGAAGACAGGAGACCUGGCCAGUUUUCUUGUGGAUGGUGUUAACAAAGCCACCGCCAUUGUGGUAGGACCCUCGUCAACAGAUGCAGGCAUCGCCAUGAACACUGUAGCCACGGUAACAAGUCCUCCUGCAGGGAGUGGGUCAUCUAGCCUGUCAGGAGAAUACAGAACUUCCCAGGAUAAACAAAGGCUAGAGCAGAUCCAGGAAGAAAUGAUGCAAGUUCAGAUUCGCUACCAGAAAGAAAUUGAUAGACUUGAGAAAGAAAACAGAGAGCUGAGAAAGCAGCUGUUACUGAAAGACAAGAAGACUGGUCGUAAAAGGGCGAUGAAGAUGUCCCUGAUAGACAUGUACUCUGAUGUGCUAGAUGAACUUUCCGAUUACGAUUCCAGCUACAAUACACAGGAUCAUCUACCCAGGGUGGUGGUUGUAGGUGAUCAGAGUGCAGGAAAAACCAGUGUUUUGGAGAUGAUUGCUCAGGCGAGAAUUUUCCCAAGAGGAUCGGGUGAAAUGAUGACAAGGUCACCAGUCAAGGUCACACUAAGUGAAGGUCCAUACCAUGUGGCACAGUUCAAGGACAGUACACGUGAAUUUGACCUCACCAAGGAAUCUGAUCUUUCGGCACUGAGAAAGGAAGUAGAGAUCCGCAUGAAGGGAAGUGUCAGUAAAGGGCAGACUGUCAGUACUGAGUGUAUUGCCAUGACUGUUAAAGGCCCUGGUUUACAGAGGAUGGUGUUGGUAGACCUGCCGGGUAUCAUAUCUACUGAAACAACUACCAUGGCUCCAAACACUAAAGAGUGCAUCAAGAAGAUGGCAAAGACUUAUAUGGAAAAUCCAAAUGCUAUUAUCCUGUGUAUUCAAGAUGGCUCCCUGGAUGCUGAGCGUAGUAAUGUGACGGACGUAGUGAACACGAUGGACCCAGGAGGCAAGAGAACUAUCUUUGUGCUGACCAAAGUGGACCUGGCAGAAAGCAGCCUUUACAAUCCAGACAGAAUUAAGCAAAUUCUAGAGGGUAAACUCUUCCCGAUGAAGGCUCUAGGAUAUUUUGCUGUUGUCACUGGUAAAGGCAAUACAAAUGAUAGCAUCCAAACUAUCAAGGACUAUGAAGAAUCAUUCUUCAAAAACUCACGGCUUUUCAGGGAAGGGGUUUUGAAACCUACACAGAUGACCACAGCUAACCUCAGUAUGGCAGUCUCUGAGGUCUUCUGGAAAAUGGUCAAAGAAUCUGUGGAACAGCAAGCAGAUGCUUUCAAAGCCACAAGAUUUAAUUUGGAAACUGAAUGGAAGAACACGUAUCCAAAACUGCGCGAGUUAGACAGGGAGGAACUUUUUGAGAGAGCCCGUGGUGAAAUGUUGGAUGAAAUCAUCAAUCUAAGUCAGCUGACGCCCAAACAGUGGGAGGAUGCGUUUUCACAAGCUCUGUGGGACAAGAUGUCAAGUUAUGUUUUUGAAAAUAUCUACCUUCCAGCUGCACAGGCUGAAAACUGUGGGAUCUUUAACACAACGGUGGACAUCAAGCUGAAGCAGUGGGCGGAUAAGCAGUUACCACGGAAAUGUGUAGAGGUAGGGUGGGAGACGUUACAGAACGAGUUUUCCAAAAUCAUGGAGAAAGAUAGUCAGAAGAAAGACCAUGACCAGAUUUUUGACCAACUGAAGAAGGCUGUUCGUGAUGCUAGCCUGACCAAGCACAAGUGGGACAACAAAGCUGAAGACAGCUUGCGUGUGAUGCAGAUCAACACACUGGAGGAUCGGUCCGUGACAGACAAACAGGCUUGGGAUGCAGCCAUCAAGUUCAUGGAGGAAACCGUCAAUGAUAAACUCAAACAAACCACAGAAGUCAUCAAGGAACUGACUGGCCCGAGCACAAGAGAACAGUGGAUGUACUGGAAGUAUCGCAGUCCUCAGCAGAUAGAUCGCUUAAGCACCAUCAGGGAACUGGAUAAACUGCUGAAUUCGGAAGAUAACCACAAGCUGUCUCUAUCCUCAGAUGAGUUGACCACAGUGCGCAGAAACCUGCAGACCCAAGGCGUGGAAGUGGACAAUGAGUUUAUCCGUGAAACCUGGUACUAUGUCUUCAGAGAGCAUUUCUUCCUCAAGGCCAUGGACACAGCUCAUCAGUGUAAAAAAGGCUUCUAUUACUAUCAGAGAGGAUUUUCAGACUCUGGGCUGGAUUGUAAUGACGUGGUAUUGUUCUGGAGGAUACAGCGGAUGUUACAGGUCACUAGUAAUGCCCUCAGACAGCAGGUCAUGAAUAAUGAAGCACGACGUAUGGAGAGAAACAUAAAAGAAGUGUUGGAAGAAUUCAGUGAGGACAAAUCCAAGCUGGUUAACCUGUUGACAGGUCGUCGAGUAAUGUUAGCGGAGGAAUUGAAGAGAGUACGCCAAAUACAAGACAAACUUGAAGAGUUCAUCCAAGCCCUUAACAAAGAGAAGCAAGAAUACAGAUAGCAGAAAUGACCAUCAGACGUAGACACCGAUCCAUCAGCCAUUGGCUGAUUCAGGAGCAAUUUAACCAAUUAGUGUGAAAUAUAUGAGUUGCUGUGUGAGAAACAGUGUUUCAUAUUUUGUUUUUCUUCUAGAUCUCCAGGUGGUUUCUGUUUUGUGUUAUUGGUUCCCAGGCUGAAUGAUACAGAGAAGCCUCAACAUGCAUACAUAGUUCAAGUGGUAGUAUACAUAUGUAUACAAUAAUUUAUGAUAUGUCGAUACUUCUGGAAACAUUUUUGUCUUUGAGAAUCGUCCACAUGUGUAGCAGGAAGUUACUUUCUGUCCUAAAACUGAAAAAUGGACUACAGGGCCAUCAUCACUUUAGUCUGCAGUAUUG